UGUGCAACACGGCUUUGUGUUUCUUUACCGAUAUGGCUUCACUUUACAGCUAAAACAAUAAAAUAUACUGAUUUUAACACAGGGAAGUUGCAUUUAGUCAACAAUGAAUAACAGAUAUGGCCGAGGAUGAACUUGACGCGUUCAGGAAGCGUUGGAAACAAGAACUAACAUGUAAGAAAGAGGAGCAGCGACAUAACUCUUCUUCCUGCGAUGCUGCUGGUCAGUCAAGCAAGGGAGAGCAACAAAGAUAUUUUGAAAACUUAAAACCACUCAGCAAGGCUAGUAGUCCUUUAAAACCUGAAGAGAGUGAUUGUACCAAGGAGAGAAGGUGUGUUGAUAGAGGAGGACAAACUGCUGCAGAGGAACAGCCUAAAUAUAUGUCCAUUGCACAUAGUUUACUGGAUGGGAGGACCAGUCCGCUGCUGGACAGAAUUCAGGAGGAAAGGAGCAGGAGAAAGAGACAGUAUCAUAGCGUGACUGAUGUCUGCAGGUCAGCCCUGCAGCUGCAGCAACCUCAGAGAAAGACCAAGAAAGAUGUGGAGCUGGUAGAUCAGCUCAUCCAGGAUCUGAAUGAAGUCAAUGACAUUCCUUUCUUUGAUAUUGAGCUGCCUUAUGAGUUAGCCUUGAAGAUUUUCCAGCAUCUCAACUGCACUGAACUUGGCAGAUGUGCACAGGUGAGCAGGGCAUGGAGAGUUCUUGCAGAGGACGCUGUUCUGUGGUUCAAAAUAUGCAUGAGGGAAGGUUUUCACCAGGACGCCAGCGUGUCCGACUCCCCCUGCUGGAAGAGCACGCUACGAGACUGCAGGAACUCAGCCAAAAAUGUGUGUUCCAACUGGAAGAACCGAGUGGGAUCCAUCACCCAGUUGCAGUUCGAGCUGGGGAAAGUGCUGUGUGAUGUCAGUUCCUGUGACAACUUUGUUUUGGCAGGGUACACGUCUGGUGAUGUGAGACUGUGGGAUACUCUGCACUGGGACUCAACAGCCUCUUACCUGAAGACCAACAGUCUGUCAGCAAACUCUGAACCCAGACCUUAUGUUAGUCAUGUCCAGGUGAACAGCACAGUUGCUGCUGCUGCAUACGAAGAUGGCUGUGUGGACCUGUGGAGCAUAGAGACAGGGGGAGAGCCCCUCCACCACUACCAGACCCCGGGGAGGAUCCAGGCCCUGGCUGUGAGCUGUGACAGCCCUGUCAUGUGCUCGGCAGCGGGGCCUGACAUUCGUCUGGAUGCUGCAGAUGAUCACGGCUACUGGAGGACUCUCUGCCAAACACAGCUAUCAAAGGCUGUGGAAAACCUGGUUCUGGUGCCAGGCAGUAGGCAGCCGUCUCCGCUGGCAACCCUCUCAGCAGGAGAGGACGUGUACCUGCUGGACCCCCGUCAGGAGGAACCACAGAUGCUCCACUCAGUCUAUGGUCACCCUGUUACCUGCCUGGACGCCUCAGCCUCCCUUGUUGCAUUUGGAGUGAAGCGCACAGGAUGGGCAAUGCAUGAUGGAGGAAACAAGAUCCACGUUUAUAGCCUUGAAAUGGGCAAACCUGUGGUCUGUGUUGGCAACUCACCUGGAGAUUUCUCCUGCAUCAACCUAAGAGACAGCCCUCCUCACCUGCUGGUUUGUGGGAACAAAGACAGGAGGGUAAGGGUGUUUGACCUACGAGCUGGCUCCUCUGUGGUCUCCCUGUACGCCCACCACCUGGGUGUCACCUCAGUGCAGGCAGAUGACUGGAAGAUUGUGAGCGGCGGAGGCGAAGGAUUGGUGUGUGUGUGGGAGAUGAGGAUGGGAGCCAAGCUGUGGGAGAUGCACAACAGGCAUCCUGUGCGCCAUGUACGCUUCAACACCAGCACCCUGGUAACAGCCAACGUCCCCGAUGACAAGUCACCACGAGGAGCCUGCAUCACAGACGAUGACCUUACAGCUCACCGCAGACACCGGGGAGUGAUCUGCCAUUAUGACUUCUCAGAGGAUGCACUGUCUCAGGAUCACAUCCUGCCCAUCUGCAGGUCUGACUACACAGAGUCACAUGGAUACAACUACAACAUUGGCUUGGCAGUUCCUUAUGACAGGCUCACCGGCUCCCACCCAUAGCAC